UAUUAUAUCUUAAUUCUGAAUUAGUAUCUCGAAAUUCUGAAUCUGGCCCAGCAUGAGUAUUUAUUUAUUUAUUUAUUUCCUUUUCCUGGCAGGAUUGAUCCUCCAUACCUCACUGUUCAUUAGCGGCCCAGCACCAACCGUGGAUGGCACCAAACGGAAAAGUUAGCGACCUAGAUUAGUUUUUAGACCGAGAUUCUUCUUUUGAAAUGAUCAGUUUUGUUGCAUUUUCAUUAAUUAGCUCAGGGCUCAGUCGUCAGCUACAAAAGGUGAUAUGAAAUAACCAGGGUGCGAUUCAACGCCCCCCCGGUUUAUAUCUGCUGAGUUAUUUUUAUCUCCGGUGGGGAUAAGAAAUUUAUUCCCCUCACAGUGAUUUAUGCUGCUUCACCCAUAGACCAAAUAUGUAAGAUAAAAAUAGGUCAAUUAAAAAUCUAAAUAAAGCAUUGCAACGUGAGAGCAGUCAAUAGUGCAAACAACAACAAAAACAUAAGUUAACUUCCAUUGUCAGCACCCGCCUGAUAAUAGAGAUGACACCGCGUCAAGGCUAUGAUGGCGCAGUAAAUGGGAUUUGCAGAGAUGUCGGUAAAAGAGGGGCGACACCCCGCGGAUGACCCCUGCACAGGAAAGUGUAAACAGAAGUCAGAAGUCCAUCACCAAAGCAGACUGGUCUCUUAGUCUGACAAUGGUGUUUUAGAGGACUUUAAGCGCUGUAGGACAGAGCCCACAAGGAGAGAUGGAAGAAGACAGAGCCUCUGAGAGAGGAUAGAAGUCAGAAAUUGAGUGACAAGAGAAGAAAAAGGUGGAGAUGAUGAAGAAAUGUGUGUGACAGAGACAAGAGAGAGAGAGUGCUGAAGAGGGAGAGGAAAAGACAGAUGGAUGAACAAGAGUCUGCUCCAAUUCCAGCUGGACAUGGCAGUAUAUUUUCUUUCUGUUUUAUAUCAGUUUCUCUAAGAACAUACCAGGUAACAAGUAAAAUGACUAAGUUAUUGGAUAUUACAUGUCGGGUUGACCUUACAUGUCUGACAUGGAGGAGCAGUUUCAAGCUACUAGGAAUUAGUCACAAUUAAACAAAAGAAUCUUAAACUGUCACCAAUAAUCAGCUGCAUAACAGAGAUAAGGACAGUGGUCACUGACAUCAACCAGGACAGGGUGACAGAUUGAAAGACAAACAAUAUUGGGCUCUUUCAGUUGGCAGCAGUUUGGUUUGUGUGAGCACAGAAAGCUGGCAGCUGAGCACACCGGACAUGAAUCUGAGCAGCAGCAGCAGCAGUAGUAGUAGUCCUGACAAUAUGGAGGAGGAGAAACUCCACAUUUCCUCCAGAGAGUCAUCCAGGCUGAUCUACCUCCAGGUGCUGCCUUCCUACCUGCUGGCCGGGCUGGGCAUGGUGACUGCCGGCAUGCUGCUGGACCAGGUGCAGCACUGGGAGGUGUUCAAGGAGAUCUCAGAGGUGUUUAUCUUGGUGCCAGCCCUGGUGGGGCUGAAGGGGAAUCUGGAGAUGACACUGGCAUCCAGACUGUCAACAGCAGCCAACACAGGGCAGAUGGAUGAGCUGCAGCAGCAGUGGAGGAUGGUGUGCUGUAAUCUGGCUCUCAUUCAGGUCCAGGCCACAGUCGUGGGCUUCCUGGCAGCGGUUGCAGCAGUGGGUCUCGGGGUUCUAACCAGGGGGAGAGUUGAUGUUAUCCAGGCUUUAAUCCUGUGUGCCAGCAGCGUCACCACUGCUUUCAUCGCUGCGCUGUCUCUAGGCUUGGUGAUGGUGGCAGUGAUCAUUGGUUCUAGGAAAGUUGGCAUCAACCCAGAUAACGUAGCCACGCCCAUCGCCGCCAGCCUCGGAGACCUCAUCACUCUGUCUUUGCUCGCUGGGGUCAGCAGCUUCUUCUUCUGUUACAGAGACUUGUGGUAUUUGCCUCCUGUGGUGUGUGGCUUCUUCCUGCUUCUUAUCCCAGUGUGGGUGAUUAUUGCCCGUCGAUCUCAAUCUAUCAGAGAGGUCCUAAAGUCAGGCUGGCAACCGGUCAUCUUGGCCAUGUCCAUCAGCAGUAUUGGUGGUCUGAUUCUGGAUAAGACAGUGAGCAAUCCAGACUUUGAAGGCAUGGCUGUGUUCACUCCAGUCAUCAACGGUGUAGGGGGAAAUCUGGUGGCCAUCCAAGCCAGCAGGAUGUCUACUUACCUCCACUACUGGAGCACUCCUGGAGCUCUGCCAUUUAAAAUGAGCAUGAACUGUCCUGGACCCUGUGCUACCUUCUGCUCCUCAGAUGUGAACUCCAAAUCAGCCAGGGUCCUUGUCAUCCUCGUCGUCCCGGGUCACCUCCUGUUCCUGUACACCAUCCACCUCCUGCGGGGAGGCCACACCACCAUGACACCCACCUUCAUCAUCUGCUACCUGUCUGCAGCUCUGCUUCAGGUGUUGAUUCUGCUCUACAUGGCCAGCCUGAUGGUGCGGUGGCUGUGGCGAAGGGGACUGGACCCAGAUAACUUCUCCAUCCCUUACCUCACAGCUCUGGGUGACCUGUUAGGGACUGCCUUCUUGGCUCUGAGCUUCAGGCUGAUUCUGGCAAUCAAUUCCACCCGGACCGGAGUUUGACGCAGACUCCCUGAAUGUACUGCUGUCUAUAUGCAAGUGGCUGAAAGCUUGUGGGAUAAAAGAAUGCCGAAACAGAAGGGAGAGAAAACAAGGUGAAGAAAGUUUGGACUGUAAUUGCACUUUGUUCUCCCUAUUUGCCAGCUCACUGUGGACGAUAGUCGUGCACUGUUCCCUGAAGUUUCAUCUGCCUCAAUAUAAACACCACCCAGCUUGGCUCUGUAGAAACAUCCAUCUAAACUGGAUGCAAAAAGUGUGAAUACCGUAGAACAACAUCUGUACACCUAUUGUCAGCUCUUAAAUGAUUGUAUAAAGGCAAUAACAAUAUAUCAUUGAGUGCAAAUGUAUAUUCACAUAUAUCAGAUGCUGCACUGUCUGGAUGAAUGUUAGAUUUGAUCGUGUUUAUUUUAUGUAGAUUUGUGCCUUUAAACCGUGAUAAGCCUUCAGUUCUAUGUGUUCCUAUGAAGGGUUAAAACUGUUUGGUGUUGCCAAAUUUCUACUGGAUGAUAUUUUACUUGUGCCACUGAAUCUAGUCUGUUGUACCAAACUGUCUCAAUGUUAGUAUGUGUUCCAGGUAUGAACAGAUGUCUCUUUAUGCUAUUUUUGUGUACAAAAUGAUUUAGUAUGCAUCUCUCUGUAAGAGGCCUUCUCACUUGUUUGAUAUGCACUUUUAGAAAGAUGCUCGUCUUUACUGAUCUGUUUCUCGAAAUAGCAUACAAAGAUGGCGAGAAUCCUAUUUUCACAGCGACAUCAAGCUUGACAGGACUUUGUACUGUAGUGCUAUCAUGAUUUGUCAUUUAAAUAAAGGACUGAUGUGUAAGUCAUGA